UUGUUAGCUGCCGUUAAUACAGAAAAAGAAGAAGUUGUCAACAUUCGGAGCAGCCGGGCGGCUAUAGAGCUGCUAAUGGAGGCUCAACAUUAGCGGAUAAAAAGCUUCAUAUUAGUCUGUGACCGGUCCAGUCCAGUUAUGGCUCAUCUGACUCAAAAUCCCGCCGACAAGGAGAGGUUCAUCUGCGUCUAUCCGAUCUACAUCAACAGUAAGAAGACGCUGGCUGAAGGUCGAAGGAUCCCAACAGAGAAGGCCGUGGAGAACCCGUCCUGUGCUGAGAUCAGAGAUGUUCUGACAGCGGCAGGGAUGAACGUCUACGUGGAGAACAAGAUGCAUCCCAGAGAGUGGAACCGGGACGUCCAGUUCAGAGGGAGGGUCCGAGUGCAGAUGAAGCAGGCAGACGGCAGCUUGUGUCAGGAAAAGUUCACAUCCCGUAAAGACGUGAUGUUCUAUGUAGCAGAGAUGAUCCCUAAACUAAAGACUCGGACUCAGAAGGGCGGUGGAAGCGACACGAGUUCUCAGCAGGGAGAAGGAGGCAAGAAGAGCAAGAAAAAGAAGAAAUGAACUCAGAGAAAUGAGAAGAUCGUUUCAUUUUUAAGUUUAAGCUCAUCGGUUGUUUAGAUCAAGAGUCGGAGUGAAUCAAACCCUGAACUCCAACGGUCUCUAAGGGUUUAUUGUCCGUGAAAAGUUCAGCUCAGUCUGCUCCCAAAACAUUUCAGUUUAAUUCUUUCCAUGUGGAGCGUUUAUUACCAACCAGCUGAGUUCUGGGAGGACAGAGAAGAAUAGAAGAAGGUGUUUCCUUCUGUCAUGUGUUGUUAACAUCACUUUGUGUCUUUACAUGAAUAAAAAGUUAAUUUUC